AUGGACACAACAACCGAGCCCAGCAAUGCUGUUGCCGAACUCGAGAAUACCCAACCACCCACCGAAACAGGCGACCAAGCCCUCCAACCCGUGAAAAAGACCAAAAAAAUCAUCCGGCGCCGCAAAAAGCCCGCGCGCGUGCAAGUCGAUCCGUCCACCGUUAAGAGCGAACCCCCGGCUCAAACAGGCGAGCUAUGGAAUAUUUGGUACAGCAAGUGGAGUGGAGGUGAUUCGCAAGAUAAACAUGGGUUGGAUCAGCCUGCGCCGUCCCGAUGCAACGUUGCGAAUGAUUCUGGGUACACCAAGGCGGAUCAAGUGCCGGGAUCAUACUUUUGUCUGUAUUUCAGCAAGGGUCAAUGUUGGAAGGGUCCGGCUUGCGAGUAUUUGCAUCGUAUUCCGACGAUUCAUGAUCAUUUCAAUCCUAGUGUUGAUGCGUUUGGUCGGGAUAAGCAUCAAGAUUAUCGAGAUGACAUGAGUGGUAUUGGCGCGUUUACCCGAGUCAAUCGUACCCUUUACGUCGGACGUAUCCAUGUUACAGACGAUAUUGAAGAAGUAGUCGCUCGCCACUUUGCGGAAUGGGGGCAAAUCGAGCGUAUUCGAGUUCUCACAGGAAAGGGUGUGGCUUUCGUUACAUACUCCAACGAAGCUAAUGCGCAAUUCGCCAUGCAAGCAAUGUCACAUCAAAGCCUGGACCACGACGAAAUCCUGAACGUAAGAUGGGCCACCGUCGAUCCGAACCCCCUAUCACAAAAGCGCGAGGCACGAAGACUAGAAGAGCAAGCCGCGGAGGCCGUGCGGAGAGCUCUCCCCGCCGCAUUCGUGGCCGAAAUCGAAGGUCGCAACCCAGAAGCUAAGAAGAGGAAGAAGAUCGAGGGCACCUUUGGAUUGGAAGGCUACGAUGUACCGGAUGACGUCUGGCAUGCGCGCACGCGACAGCUCGAGGACGUACCAGCAACCGGUCAGCUCGAGGCGCCUGAGCAAUCACUUAUGCUGGAGGCGGGAUCAACGGGCGCAGAGGUGCAACAGGAGCCUGACGCUCAAGCGGGCAUUUUCUCGAGUUCGACGCUGGCGGCUUUGAGGGGUAUGGCUGGAAGUAAUGUGACGACGCAGGCUGCUCCGAAGAGUUCUGGUGGGCCUUUGGUGGCUUAUGGAAGUGAUGAUGAGAGUGAUUAG